AUUAGGGAAUAUCUACCAGCCUCCUUUCGGCCACCGGCAACGGACACGAGAGAAGACUUCUGUACGGCACAGAUUAAGACAACUUUUUUUUUACCCGUCGUGUCCGCUCUACAUGUUCAUAAUUUUUUAACACCAGAAACAAAGUCUCAAGUAAGGAUUGGUUAUGUUGUUUGGGCAAACAGUUGAACACCGCUCUAACGUGAUGAUUGGCGUAAAUGAAUAACAAUUCUCAUACUCGCGGGGGUCGUGUUACUGCGUGGUUUUUACUGUAGAUUUUUUGCGUCCUACUGCUUCUCUAUAAAAUAUCUCAGUGCAUUCGAGAAGCCUACCGAAGUAAGAUAACACACAGAUCUACAGUAGCAUAACAGAUGCUGGGUUGCCGAGUGGUCUAUACCGACUUAAUACAUAAAGCUUGUGGUCUGAAGUUGUCCCACCAAAGUCAACAUUCCAAGUAGCCCGGGUGGUGGUGAUUCGCUAGGCUUUGACGGCAUCUCUUCCAAGAGCAAGGCAGCUCAUCUAAGGGAGGCGUGCCCUGAAUUCAAAGCUGGGGCAAAAAUGAUCGUGGGCCCUAAAAUAUCACGCAGUAUUACAGUAGCAAAACACAACACUCGUUCUAACAGUAGCACUGUUUCCUUCCGAAAAGCCUUGGAAACUUCAUAGCUACUUUAACCUAAAAUACAACGCUAAUACCACAAGCAACCAAAUUGUAUGCAAAUAUAUACACCGGCAAUGACCGACAUCAUUUUCUGCAUGCGUAACACAUCGCCAUAAUAGCGUCUGAUACAGUUCGGCGUCGGUCAAGUCAUCAGAGGCGAGCCUCGUGUGCCGGGCAUCACCGGUCAUCACAUCAAGGGCGAGCCACAUUUGCCGGGCAUUACCGGUCACCACAUCAAGGGCGAGCCACAUAGGCCGGGCAUCACUGGUCACCACAUCAAGGGCGAGCCACAUUUGCCGGGCAUCACCGGUCUCCACAAGAAACUCGAGCCUCUUGGUCCGGGCGUCACACGUCAACACAAGUGCACGAGACACAGAUCGAGACAUGAGUACACGUCUUAUGUUAGCCGCUAGUGGAGAUGCUUUUUCUCAUGCAGCCUGUAAGGGGACUGCUCCUAGGUGACUGUUUCAUCACAGCUACGAUGUGACAUAAUUACAAAGUAGAAUCCAUGUGUAGAAAACCUAUUAGAGUGCGGCUUUGGCCACUCCGGGAAGGGAAGGGGUGUUUUAGGGAAGUUAAAGUUUCCAUUCCAGCCCCUAGAGAGUUCGAUCUAUUUCAAUCUGAUAAUAUGAUAUCAAUCCAAAAUGGGGACGGGUACAUUUAAAUGUUGCGUUCCGUACACCGGGAGUAAUGUGGCGUACACCGGGAGUAACAUGUCGUAAACCGGGAUUAGUAUGGCGUACACCGGGAAUAAUGUCGUACGGUGGAAGUAAUAUGGCGUACACCGGGAGUAGUAAAGCGUUCACCGGGAGUAGUAUUGCGUACACCGGGAGUAGUAUGGCGUACACUGGGAGUAGUAUAGCGUUCACCGGGAGUAGUAUUGCGUACACCCGGAGUAGUAUUGCGUACACCGGGAGUAGUAUGGCGUACACUGGGAGUAGUAUAGCGUUCAACGGGAGUAGUAUUGCGUACACCCGGAGUAGUAUUGCGUACACCGGGAGUAGUAUGGCGUACACUGGGAGUAGUAUGGCGUACACCGGGAGUAGUAUGGCGUACACCGGGAGUAGUAUGGCAUACACCGGGAGUAGUAUGGCGUACACCGGGAGUAGUACGGCGUACACCGGAAGUACUAUGGUGAUACCAAACAGUUGCAGUGUUACACUUGUACUGGGAAUACAGAUCGUGUAGUGUAUAGUGCUAUUUAUAAAAUCUAAUCAUAUAUUUCAAAUGCAGCUGACAAUUUAUGAUAAAAUAAUUUGAAAUCCAACGUUUCUGUGUAUAACAGUUUAAAAUAAAUUGCAUGCCCCAGGUUAAGGGCCUCACAUGUCAACUCAUCAAAGGUUCACUUUUAUUCAAGUUUUAGGUAUUUGUAUGGGUCAACAAGCAGCAGACGAUACGAAGCAGUGAAGUGGGCGUAUUUUAUGAGUUGUUGUUCGUCCGUUGAAGAUAGGACCAUCGAGUCGUCCGGUGACUGAUGACUUGCGCUAGUGACUUUUGUUCAAAGUGAGGAAGAGUUGGGUGGCGUCAACCUCACUCUCUCAUCCGGGCCCUCCAUAUCCAGUGGCAAGACUCAACGUCAAGACGACCAUGGAUGGGUACGAUUGCAAAAAUUGUCACUGUAUGCGCCUUACGGGACUCCAACUGCGGGUUUGAAUUCAGAGUUUCCUUCUCUUAGAUGAGUUGCCGACCAAGGUUAACGAGUCUCAUCCACCAGGGGGGGGGGGGAAUUUUUUGUUGGCUUGACAUUUGAAUUGAACUCCAGACCACAAACUUGAGGUUUGCUCAGUCUAGACCAUUCGGCCACCCAGAGUAAGCAAUACAUAAAAUCCAAAUUAUGUUCAACCGGAAAUGUGUUUACGUGUAAUUUAAAACUAUAGAAAUAAUGCAUUAAACAUUUCUCUGAAAAACAAAAAUAACGUUAUGAAAAAGGUGUGAAUAUUUUAUGUGGAUGAUCAUAUCUUUCAAUCCCAUGAUACUUGUAUGGAUGAAUUUAUAAAGCCUAUGAUAUUUCAGGCUUGACAAAUUAGCUUAUGAAUUGCUUAAUAUUUUAGAAGUAAUAGAAUAUAGAAGAUAAACAUUACUAUUAAUCAUUGAUUUUUAGAAACGUAAAUAUUUAUUCCUAUAUGCUUGUUUUUUAAAUGUAUGAUUUUCUCUUUCCUAAAUAUACUUUUAAAGAGCGAGAAAAUGGUCCAAAUAUUUAGGCAUUUAAUUUUCCUUUCUUUUUUUGUUGAUGAUGCAAUAAAUCAAAACUUGAUUCAGUUACAUCCGUAAAAAUUUGAAAUUAAAUGUUGAAAUUUCGCACAAACGUGUAAAUAUGCCUUCAAUUAUUAACCCGGGACGCUUAGUCAUUUUUUCUAUUAUUGUAAUAACAUAAUUAUUUUAAAGUUUUUAUCUGAAUGUAAUCGGUAUGAUGUUGUAUAGAAAAGAUUUCCAUUCAAUGAAUAAUUAUCUAUGUGUUGAUGUAGGCAAGAAAUAACCUGUCAAACAAUGGUGGCGGCAAUGCGUGAAUGUCGCAUCUACUACAUUUGCCAAAAAAAGAAAAUGCGUGCAGCUACGACACAUUUUGAAAAAAAUCUCAAUUAGCGCUUACUUCUUUGAAUUUUAUUUUACUAAAUGUAUUUCCAAUUUGUAAAAAAAACUAAUUAGAUGUAGCAUAUUUAUUUAUAUAUUUCGCCAGUGAAACUAGGGCAAGAAAGACGACGCAGGCUAUAUAUAGAUAUGCCAUAGCAAGCGAGACGCAGGCAAACCCCUACCAUCCCUUCCCUUGCCUCCCUAUCGUUGGUCUCGAGACAUGGGCACUGCGGUAAGGCACUCGCCCCCUCCCCCCUCCUGCACAACCCUCGCCCUCCAGACAUGCACACACCCCAACAAGAUCGCGGCGUAUGCUAAGCCGCGGGUCGGCUAUAUUUAUACAUUUCAUGGGCGUGAAAUAAAUGUGUGCAGUGACGUAUCAUGAAAAAAAGGAGGGGGUGGGGAGGGGUGUACCAAAAUUGGCAUUCUUAAGUGUGCGAAACUUGAGUUCACGUUUUUGUCAAGUAACUUUAGUAGAUGGGAAGUUCACGCAUUACUGUCGCCAAUGUUUGGCGGACUAUAUUUAGAUACGCCAGAGCAAGCAAGACGCAGGCAAACCCUCCCCUCCCUUGCCUGCCCAUCGUUGGUCUCGAGACAUGUGCACUGCAGUGGAGCUACCGCCCCCCCCUCCUGCACCACCCUCGCUUGCCAGCCAUGCGCACACCCCAAGUCUGUAAUUUUUUGCGGGUCGGCUGGUAUUUAUUUAUUUCCUUAUUUAAAUUAUUGAAUUUCUGUUUAAAAAAGCAACAGCAAAAACUUCCUCCUAACAUCUUACUCUUCGCACCACCCUCCUCGAAACAUUCUCCUCACGUCUUACUCUUCGCACCACUCUCCUCGAAACAUCCUCCUCACAUCUUACUCUUCGCACCACCCUCCUCGAAACAUCCUCCUCACAUCUUACUCUUCGCACCACCCUCCUCGAAACAUCCUCCUCACAUCUUACUCUUCGCACCACCCUCCUCGAAACAUCCUCCUCACAUCUUUCUCUUCGCAACACUCUCCUUGAAACAUCCUCCUCACAUCUUACUCUUCGCACCACCCUCCUCGAAACAUCCUCCUCACAUCUUUCUCUUCGCAACACUCUCCUUGAAACAUCCUCCUCACAUCUUACUCUUCGCACCACCCUUCUCGAAACAUCCUCCUCACAUCGCGAUCCUCACAUAGCCCUCCUAACAUCAUCCUCCUAACAUCGCCCUCCUCACAUAGCCCUCCUAACAUCAUCCUCCUAACAUCGCCCUCCUCACAUAGCCCUCCUAACAUCAUCCUCCUAACAUCGCCCUCCUCACAUCGUCCUCCUCACAUCGCCCUCCUCACAUCGUCCUCCUCACAUCGUCCUCCUCACAUCGUCCUCCUAACAUCGUCCUCCUCACAUCGUCCUCCUCACAUCGUCCUCCUAACAUCGUCCUCCUCACAUCGUCCUCCUCACAUCGCCCUCCUCACAUCGUCCUCCUCACAUCGUCCUCCUCACAUCGUCCUCCUAACAUCGCCCUCCUCACAUCGCCCUCCUCACAUCGCCCUCCUCACAUCGUCCUCCUCACAUCGUCCUCCUCACAUCGUCCUCCUAACAUCGUCCUCCUCACAUCGUCCUCCUAACAUCGCCCUCCUCACAUCCUCCUCCUCACAUCAUCCUCCACUCCUCACAUCGCCCUCCUCACAUCGCCCUCCUCACAUCGCCCUCCUCACAUCGUCCUCCUCACAUCGUCCUCCUCACAUCGUCCUCCUCACAUCGUCCUCCUCACAUCGUCCUCCUCACAUCGCCCUCCUCACAUCGUCCUCCUAACAUCAUCCUCCUCACAUCGCCCUCCUCACAUCGUCCUCCUAACAUCAUCCUCCUAACAUCGCCCUCCUCACAUCGUCCUCCUAACAUCAUCCUCCUCACAUCGCCCUCCUCACAUCGUCCUCCUAACAUCAUCCUCCUAACAUCGCCCUCCUCACAUCGUCCUCCUCAUUUUAAGUUUUGUUGAGUUCUUUUGUUGGUUUGUUUUUUUUAAUAUGUUUUAUUAUGUUACAAUGUUUAUACUACAGGUCCUCGUCAUGGGAGAGAACAUCAAGAAACAAAUGGUCAAUACCUUUAAUGGCGUCCCUUGGUUUGGUGAACAAUUAAAAGCGGGCCUCAUUCGAAAAGCCCAAGCCAUGGAACUGCUCAUUGGUUACCCGGACUGGGUCAUUGACCCAGUAACGUUGGACACAAUUUAUCACAACGUAUCGGUCGAUCCUGGUGAAUUGCUCUUCAGCGUUAUGAGUAUCAAGACGGAGACUGGGAGACAAAAAUAUCACCAAAGCCACAGUGAACCUUGCAUGCAAGUAUAAGGGUGGACGAUCGCUUUAAGUUUGAGUAUAACGAAGUAGCUAGAUUAUUCGCAAUGGAAUCAAACGGGUUUGACACGUGAUUAGAGCUUGUCACGAACAUCUUGUCAAAAGACGCAUGAUAUACGUUUUGUCACGACCAUUCUGUCACAUGUCACAUGAUGAUGAUGAUUGAUGACUUUUAAGGCGCUUGUGUCCAUGCUAUUUUAACAUGCUCAGGGCGCUCUGAUGUCCUAGAAUCUAUUUAAAGAUAAGACUUUGACAAGACCAUCCUGCAUAAACAAAGUUUCUUUGUUUUUUUAUGCACGUUCUUAAGAUUGGGUUUGCUCAAAUCUUGCAUCUAACGUUUGACCCACUUUUCUCAUCUCCAAUUUAGCUGAAACAAAUGUCAUUCAGGUCAUGGGCGCACCAAGCUAUUUUAAGUUACAUGACUGCAACAAAUCUAAAAGUAUAGGGUUUGUCAUUCAAUGGCGGAAAUCUAUUAAUAGAACUGAUGUCAUUAUUACUCAUCAACCGGGUACUCAGCGCGGACAAAAUGUCAACACUGUUCAGCAUUACUAUGUUAGCAAAGUGUACUUGAAAUUUGUUUACAACUCUAUUUUACGAAAUAUUUUACAUAUAUUUUUUUACUUCUAUUUUCUGAAAUGCGACUUCAUUGCGCGAACGGCCAAUGUAACAGUAACUCUUGAUACAAGGAUCGUCCGAAAGAUAUGCUGAAACACAUUAUAAGCUGCCAUGUUUUCAGCAAUAUUUUGUCCACCAACCUUCUAAAAAUAGCACGCUAUGACGUUUUCCGGUCUAAGAAAUGACAAAGCCUAUUGGGGGAACCUUCAUUUUAGACUUGCCAGUAUACAUUUUAUGUUGUUUUACAUAUAGUGAUUUUCAAAUAAUAUAAGUUUAUGAUUUAAUGAUUUUUAUCAAAUGUUAUGAUAUCAGAUUUAAAUAUAUUUUUGGAGUUUCCAUAACGUUUCAAAUGCGGGCCGGAGGUUCUUCUUCUAUAUCUUAAGGGCCCACGAUCAAUUUAUUGAUCAUUUUGGCUCCUAUGCAUGUAGAUGGGAUUUGCAAUGUUUCUGUUACUGGUGUUGAUGAGGAAAUCAUGAGAUUCCACAAUAAGGAGUCUCUUUGUUAAAAGCUAAACCCAUACACGAAGCUUCAGGUCACCGCGCAACGUUGGGUAAAUUGGCUUGUGAACUAGAAAUAGGAGUAAACGAUUAGCUCAAAUUAUAAAAAAGAACUGAAACAAAUAAAUAAUAUUUUUAUUUCUUUAGUAGGUACCAGGUACCAGGCCACGAUAUCAAUACGUCCGGAUCCAUAAAUAAAAAAUAAAUUUUAAGUCUCAAAGAACUAUGAAACACAUAGAAUGAGUAAACGAUGGCAGAUCACAAAAACCAAACCACGUGAAGAAAACGUGAAGGAAUAUUUAAAUCGCAUGAUAUCCGUGUGCACUAAGUCAAAGCAUGAGUACGAUCAUUGAUGAGUAGUUACACCAAAAGGAUGAGUAGUUACAAUAAAAGGAAUGAGCAGUUACACCAAAAGGAUGAGUAGUUACACCAAAAGGAUGAGUAGUUACAAUAAAAGGAAUGAGCAGUUACACCAAAAGGAUGAGUAGUUACACCAAAAGGAUGAGUAGUUACACCAAAAGGAUGAGUAGUUACAAUAAAAGGAAUGAGCAGUUACACCAAAAGGAUGAGUAGUUACACCAAAAGGAUGAGUAGUUACACCAAAAGGAUGAGUAGUUACAAUAAAAGGAAUGAGCAGUUACACCAAAAAGAUGAGUAGUUACACCAAAAGGAUGAGUAGUUACACCAAAAGGAUGAGUAGCUACAAUAAAAGGAAUGAGCAGUUACACCAAAAGGAUGAGUAGUUACACCAAAAGGAUGAGUAGUUACACCAAAAGGAUGAGUAGUUACACCAAAAGGAUGAGUAGUUACACCAAAAGGAUAAGUAGUUACACCAAAAGGAUGAGUAGUUACACCAAAAGGAUGAGUAGUUACACCAAAAGGAUGAGUAGUUACACCAAAAGGAUGAGUAGUUACACCAAAAGGAUGAGUAGUUACAAUAAAAGGAAUGAGCAGUUACAGUAAAAGUUGUUACAUCAAAAGAAUGAGUAGGUACAGUAAAACAAUGAGUAGUUACGGUAAAAGAAUGAGUGGUUACGGUAAAACAAUGGGUCGUUACAGUAAAAGAAUGAAUAGUUAAAGUAAAACAAUGAACAUUUACACCAAAAGAAUGAGGUAGUUACACCAAAAGAAUGAGCAGUUACAUCAAAAGAACAACCAUAUUAUAGUUAUACUAAAAGAAUUGGUCUCACCGUUACUCCCAACAUCGAUUCAGUUGAUUAUUUUGGUUGGACUUUUUCAAACUUUUCUCCGUUUGAUCGUUUCCACAGCAACGGGUUGGCUCAACUCCACACAAUUCGGGCGUUUUACUUAGGUAGAGAAAAUAGAGUCAACAUCGCCAGUUCGGUUUUGCAACUACCCUCAUUCAGUUUGCAUUUGCCCACGUGAGUGAAUCUCUAUAAAGCACUGACAUGUUAAAUUUAUAAGAGUCCAUUGUUAUCUUAAAAAAAUAUAAUUUUACUGUCCAUGUUAAACACGGUAUAUGUAAAAAUUGUAGUUUUUGAAACCACACCCAUGCACCCUUUCAACGGGGCACAGCUCAAGCCGCCACGUUUUCCCAGUAGUGAAAAGCAAGAAAUGUUGGACAGCCUCUGUUAGAAAGGGGUCUCUUUACGGAGGAAAAUAACUAAAAUAAUGUCCUUGAAGCGCUGAGUUGUGUUUAUUCUCGUACAUGACACAUUCGCCCCGAUACAAUAUUUCAUUCAGUAUUUUAACUCCAUGGGCCCACGUUCUGGAACCAGCUCCCCUUCCAUAUACGUCAUAGUGAAACCUCGUCAAUUUUCAAAAAGUCCCUUAAAACUCAUCUGUUUAGGUCCGCCUAUGACCUGUGAUGCACCCUCCUUGCCCUACCUCAUUUUCUGUUUCGGUUUAAUCCUGAAGUGUCAAAGUGUCCUCUUUUUAUAGCCAUUUUCAUUGUUUCUAUAGAAUAGUAGUUACUAUCCUAGUGUCUCAUUGUAUUUACUUAGCUUACAUGUUUUAAUAAUUGUAAAGCGCUUAGAGCUUUAUGAUAAGCGCUAUAUAAAAAUGCCUAAAUAAAUAAACUGAAAUAGUUUUCUAAGGUACAUAGAUCCUUUUAACAUUUUUGUGUGCAAAUACGUCAUUAGACCAAUGCAGUAUGGAGGCAUGGGAACAACUCUUGGUCACGAAAUCAUGCACGCCUUUGAUAAUCGGAAUAUUUUCUACGAUGCUAAUUAUAAGCGUGAGCCUAAUUGGCACUCGGCCGCCAAUGAAACCUACAUGAAAGGCGCCAUGUGUCUGAAUGACCACUACAGGCCAUGGUCAUUUGGUAAUAUUCGAGUAAGUAGAUGACAUUGAUAUUGAUUAAAGUAAGUGUAUGAAAAUGAUGUUCAUUUGAAUUUAUGCCAUUAAAAUUCAUGUCCAAGUAAAGAGUAAUUGCAAGAUUUGAUCAUACAAAGUGCAGACUUGUGUGUCCUUGAUUACAAAAAAAAAAUAAUUCGAUGUAUCUUUAAAUACAUUUUCUUUUUAAAUGCUAAAGACCAACGGCUUAUCAAGCGUACAUGAGGACAUAUGUGAUAAUGAGGGUGUCAAACUGGCUUACAAGGCAUAUAAGGCGUUAGGGGAACUAAACGAACGACGUCUUCCUGGCCUGAACCUCACAGAUGACCAGAUGUUUUUCACGGCGUUUGGCCAGGUACGUUUAAAACUGAACUGGCAUGUACAUAUGUCAAGGUCGUCCAUCUUGUCGGACACAUACCAUGAGGAAAUUACUUUUAAAAAAAAUAAUUAAAAGAUAGCGACCUUGUAACUAUUUACGGCAAUUUUUUUCUCAAUUAUAACCAAAAAACAUAAUUGCUUGUUUAUAGACACCGCGAAUUAGACCCAUUGAAUAAAUAUGUUUGCACAUAUCGUAUGCUUAUUUUUCAGAUAGACUCACUCGAUAUACUUGAUUAAAAUUGUCUAAAUUACUGCCACGUUGUUUAAAUUACUGCUACAUUGUCUUAAAUACUGCAAUAUUGUCUAAAUUACUGCUACACUGUCUAAAUUACUGCUACAUUGUCUAAAUUACUUCUACAUGGACUUAAUUUCUACUAUAUUGACUGAUCAAAAACAUUUACUUCAUUUAAAGAGUUUUUUAAAAAAUGUUUUCAUUUAAAUCUCACAAAUUUACUGCUUCAUUUGCUAUAUUCCAACAGAAAUACUGCGAACUCGACUUGAAUGGUAUACCAUGGGCAGGACCAACCCACAAUCACCCGAGAAUCAGGUGGGUAUUGAUAUUGUGUGUUAUUUGUGUGUUCUUUUAUUUAGCAGAGGCAAAUUCCAAAUACAAUAUCUCUAAAACUGCAGUGCUGGGAAACAUUGUAUGUCACCGCAUGUUGUCUAGUUAAUUGGUGACUCUGGUAACGGCAGUUUGUCACUGGGAUAGGUACACUCUGUCAUGGCAACUUGUCUAAUGGAUCUGUACACUCUGUCAUGGCACGUUGUCUAGUGGUAUGGUGCUCUCUGUCAUGGCAUGUUGUCUAGUGGGCUGGUACCCUGUGUCAUGGCACGUUGUCUAAUGGGUUAGUGUCCUCUAUCAUGGCAUGUUCUCUAGUGUGUUGGUGCCCUCUGUCCUGGCACGCUUUGUAGUGGAGUGUUACAAUCUGUCAUGUCACGUUGUCUAGUGGAUUAGUACCCUCUGUCAUGGCAUGUUGUCUAGUGGGUUGGUACAAUCUCUCAUGGCACGCUGUCUAGUGGUUGGUGCCCUCUUUUAUGACACGUUAUCUAGUGGGUAGUGCCCUCUGUCAUGGCAACUUGUCUCAUGGAUUUUCACAAUCUGUCAUGGCACGUUUUCUAAUGGGUUUGUGCCCUCUGUCAUGGCACGCUGUCUAGUGGAUUGGUACCCUCUGUCAUGGCAUGUUGUUUAGUGGGUUGGUACAAUCUCUCAUGGCACGCUGUCUAGUGGUUUGUGCCCUCUUUCAUGGCACGUUAUCUAGUGGGUUGGUGCCCUCUGUCAUGGCAACUUGUCUCGUGGAUUUUCACAAUCUGUCAUGGCAUGUUUUCUAAUGGGUUUGUGCCCUCUGUCAUGGCACUUUGCCUAGUGGGUUGGUGCCCCCUGUCAUGGCAACUUGUCUGGUGGGUUGGUAGACUCUGUCAAGCCAUUUUGUAUAGUGGGUUGGUACCCUCUGUAAUGGCACGGUGUCUAGUCGUUUGGUGCCCUCUGUCUUGGCAAGUUGUCUUGUGGAUUGGUGCCCUCUUUCAAGGCCCGUUUUCUAGUGGGUUCGUGCCCUCAGUCAUGGCACGUUGUCUAUUGGUUUGGUGCCCUCUGUCAUUGCAUGUUGUCUAAUGGGUUGGUGCCCUCUGUCAUGGAACGCUGUCUAGUGGAUUGGUACCCUAUGUCAUGGGAUGUUGUCUAGUGGGUUGGUACCCUCUGUCUUGGCACGUUGUCUAGUGGGUUGGUGCCCUCUUUCAUGGCACGUUGUCUAGUUGGUUGGUACAAUCUGCCAUGGCACGUUGUCUAGUGGAUUGGUACAAUCUGUCAUGGCACGUUGUCUAGAUGGCUGGUACAAUCCGUCAUGGCACGUUGUCUAGUGGGUUAGUACCCUCUGUCAUGGCACGUUGUCUAGUGGGUUGGUACAAUCUGUCAUGGCACGUUGUCUAGUGCAUUGGUACAAUCUGUCAAGGCACGUUAUCUAGAGGUUUGGUACAAUCUGUCAUGGCACGUUGUCUAGUGGGUUAGUACCCUUUGUCAUGGCACGUUGUCUAUUGGUUUGGUGCCCUCUGUCAUUGCAUGUUGUCUAGUGGGUUGGUGCCUUCUGUCAUGGCAUUUUGUCUAGUGUGUUGGUACAAUCUGUCAUGGCAUGUUGUCUAGUGGAUUGGUACAAUCUGUCAUGGCAUGUUGUCUAGUGGAUUGGUACAAUCUGUCAUGGCAUGUUGUCUAGAGGAUUGGUACAAUCUGUCAUGGCAUGUUUACUAGUGGAUUGGUACAAUCUGUCAUGGCAUGUUGUCUAGUGGAUUGGUACAAUUUGUCAUGGCAUGUUGUCUAGUAGAUUGGUACAAUCUGUCAUGGCAUGUUGUCUAGUGGAUAUGUCCCAUCUACUCAUGAGUGUAUGUGUGACAUCAGGUGACAGCAGAUCGUAUUAGCAGUUUGUAAACUCUUUCAUGACAUUAUUAUUAAUGGAUUGAUCCCAUCUGCUCACGGCAGGUUGUCACGGGGAUAAGGACAGACUGUCAUGGUUCAGUGUUUAACAUCCCCCAUUCCCCCAAUCUACUAAGAACACCCUGUCAAAUUCUCUUAACUAGACCACGGUAUCAAUUAUCGCAAUGCAAUAAAUUUAGCUUUAAAAUUAUAUUCCUUCCAUUUUCCUAAUCUUUUAAACCCAACUUGCAGGUAGUACACUUAAUACAAACUUUCUUCUAAAUCAACUUUUUGGAAAUUUAUUAUAAGCGUAUUAAAAAAAUAUUUUAAAUGAUGGAUAAAAUUUACCCGGAAGUGCCAAACCCUUCCAGAAUUUUUGAAACCCUAGCAGGGUGUUCUAAACCUACACGGCCGAUCAAAACCAUGCCUAUAUGAUCAAAACAAUGCAUGGAUGGUGAAAAAAAAAACCUGCAUGUAUCAAACACUAACUCGAAUUUCUAAACCUUACCUAGAUAACCAAACGCUAAUUGGAUGUCCCAAACACGACAGAGAAUACGUUCUGUAUUUCUAAAGAUCCUUUUGCAAAGGUUUACCUGCAUUUUAAAGAAACCUAAAAACACGAAAAGCUGAGAUAUUUACAUUUAAAAUCCUAUAGCUUUUAAGCGUAUCUACGCUUACACGCACCAGUCCCUAAACUAUUGACAGUUGUCAAUGUCACUGAAUCGUUUUAUUUAAAAAAGUGUAUUUUUUUAAUUGUAUGAAGACAACGAUGUCAUCUUAUAACAUUGUUUCAAAAAAAUUUUUGAAAUGGAUCUAUUUACCAUGUUAAUUAUGGCAUCUUUAAUAUUUAACAAUUAACUCUGUGUUAAUAAUUUUAUUUUGACUAUUUAAAUAUUACAUCUGUUAUUCAAUGAAUCUUUUUCAAAGAGUGUGGGGUGUUGCAUCAAACAGUGAGGAGUUCGCCAAGGCAUUUAACUGUCCAAAAAACUCACCGAUGAACCCAGUGAAAAAGUGCACAGUAUUUUAAAGUGGACGUUGUCGUCCAGCGGUGCAUACGUCAUGUUGGGAGAUUAGACCACAGGUGAAUCUGAAAACGCUGAAUUUUCAGACUAGUGGUGCAUACAAGUUUGAAAUUGAGACCAUCAGUGUAUACAUCAGGUUGGAAAUUUAGACCAUCAGUGCAUAUACCAAUUUGUCACUUUAAAAACUUCGGUGUACACAACAAAUUGACAAUUUAGACCAUCGAUGCAUACAACAAGCUGCCACAUUCACAUCCAAUUACGAUAGAAAAUGUUCUUUGAUUGGUAAGAUCUUAAAUAUUUUAAUUUUAUUAUUAUAGGUUUAGGCAAAGAAUGCAUUUAUAAAUGAGAAAAUUAAUCCAACCUAAAAUCUUU